CCCCACCCCACCUUCCCGGCUAGUAAUUUCCCCAGGGCCAGGUGCUGCGGCCGUCCAGUGCGUCGCUGCGCUCGACCCAGGACGGAGCGGCUCUCCGCGGGGAGCAGCGGGCGGCGCGGCCGGAGCGCGGGCACCAGACUCUUAAAUCAUGGACAAACAAAACAUGCCAGGAAGAAAUUUACCAGCUGGGUCUCUCCCUCAAUAUCCCCCGGCAGCAUUCCAAGGACCUCCAGGACCUCCUGGCUAUCCUGGCCCGCAGGCUGGCUAUCCUGGCCCGCAGGCUGGCUAUCCUGGCCCCCAGGCUGGCUACUCUGGCCCCCAGGCUGGCUAUCCUGGCCCCCAGGCUGGCCUCUCAGUCCCACCAGCUGAUUAUCCAGGUGCUGGCCCAGUGGGCUCUCCUGUCCAGCAGCAGCCAGUGUAUAAUCAUCCAGGUAGACCUGGAGGGCUACCAUGGAUGCCAGCACCAGCACCUCCAUCAGACUGUCCACCUGGGUUGGAAUAUUUAAGUCAGAUAGAUCAGAUACUGGUUCAUCAGCAAAUUGAGCUUCUGGAAGUCAUAACAGGUUUUGAAACUGAAAACAAAUAUGAAAUUAAGAACAGCUUUGGACAGAUGAUUUACUUUGCAAAGGAGGAUACUGAUUGCUGUACCCGAAAUUGUUUUGGGCCUGCUCGACCUUUUACCCUGAGGAUUGUUGAUAAUCUAGGCCAAGAAGUCAUAACCAUGCAGAGACCACUGAGGUGUAACAGCUGCUUUUUCCCCUGCUGCCUUCAAGAGCUAGAAAUCCACGCUCCUCCUGGUGUACCAAUAGGUUAUGUGACUCAGAUAUGGCACCCGUUUCUGCCUAAGUUUACAGUUCAAAAUGAGAGGAGAGAGGAUGUACUUAAGAUUAUCGGUCCGUGUAUUGUGUGCAGAUGUUGUGCAGAUGUUGAGUUUGAGGUUAAGUCUCUUGAUGAAGCAAAUGUGGUUGGCAAGAUUUCCAAGCAGUGGGGUGGUUUUCUGAGAGAGGCAUAUACAGAUGCUGAUAACUUUGGGAUCCAGUUCCCUUUAGACCUUGAUGUGAAAAUGAAAGCUGCGAUGCUUGGCGCAUGUUUCCUCAUUGACUUCAUGUUUUUUGAAAGCAGUGGAGGCAAUAACUAGAAAGCAGGAAUGUGGUAGUGGAUUAAUGAUAGUCUCCUCAGAAAACUUGAAGCCUGUAUUGAUUGGGAUUACGGAGAAGAAAAACUCAGUUUUUUUUUUUCUUUAUUGAAAUGGCUUAUAGCGUGUUUGAAUUACACUGUGAUGCCUGAAGCUCCAGGUGUAUGAUUUCACUUUUCACAUUAUAGAGUUUAUUUUCUGUAUUACUUAUAAAUGUUUUUAUACAUUUUCUUUUAUUUUAUACAUUUUCUUUUUCAUUGUGUAUUUCAGAGAAAGGAUGUAGGAAUUUUUACAUUUAAACAUGGAAUUUCCUAUGAUAAAUUCCUUAGAACUAUAGUCUCUGCUUUAUUUUCAAGUUUUAUACUAAAUUAAAGACUUACUAGACU